AGGUUCAAACAGAAUAUACUGAAUCAGCAGGACUGGCUGGCAGUGCAGCAAGCAUCAUGAUUAAGCACAGGGAAGUCUGUUUCUUAUCUCAUGUGUAAGGGGGAAAAGAUUUAAACAAGUCUCUUAAGUGGUGUUUUCUCACCGAUGGAGAAUUAUUUUCAAGCAGAAGCUUACAACCUGGACAAGGUUUUAGACGAAUUUGAACAAAACGAAGAUGAAACAGUUUCUCCUAUUUUAUUGGAAACAAAAUGGAAUAAGAUUCUAGAUCCCCCUUCGCACCGACUGUCAUUUAACCCUGCAUUGGCCAGUGUGAAUGAACCUGUAGUUUCUAAUGAGUCACAGCCACAAUUGAAAGUCUUCUCUCUGGCUUAUUCGGCUCCUCUGACCAUACAAAGAGAGGACCAUUGUGCUAAUGGGCAGGACUGUAGUCUGAACCCAGAGGUCAACACAAUGUGGAUUGAUGAAAAUGCCAUUGCGGAAGAUCAGUUAAUUAAGAGGAACUGUAAUCAAGAUGAUCAGUGCAGUACUGUUGAAGUGGGAGAGAAGAAAUGUGGAAACCUAGCUUGUCUGCCAGAUGAGAAGAAUGUUCUUGUUGUAGCUGUCAUGCAUAACUGUGAUAAAAGGACAUUACAAAGCGAUUUGCAGGAUUGUAAUAAUUAUAAUAGUCAAUCCCUCAUGGAUGCUUUUAGCUGUUCACUGGAUAAUGAAAGCAGACAAACUGAUCAAAUUAGUUUUAAUAUAAAUGGUUCCACUGAAAAAGAUAUAAACUCAGAGAAACAAAUGGAUCUAUUUAAUAGGCCGAGUGCAGAGGGGGAUUCUGUUAAACAUCUAUGUACUACUUCAUCUGAUAAUCUAGCCAGUAGCUGUUCCCCUUCACAAUUAAAGGAUGAUGAAAACUUAGGUAGAGACCCCUCUAUGUCUGUAAUUACAAGUUUAACAGUCGAUUCAGUAGUCUCAUCCCAGGGAACAGAGGAAGGUCCUGCUGUUAAAAAACAAGAGAACUAUAUGCCAGAUGAGAUUCUCACUGACAAAACCAACUCUCCUAGGACAGAUAUAGGGAGUUUAAACUCCUUUUCUCGUUUGAGUGAAGGGAAUUUGAUGAAAAGAGAGCCAGCAGAGGAGAUGACAACGGAAAAAUCCAUCCCAUCUGGAUUACCUCUGCUUCUCAAACCAGACAUGCAUAAUGGGUCUGGAAAGGAUAACUGUGAACAGUUUUCAGAUUGCCUUGUGCCCAGUGAAGUUAGAGUUGAUGAAAAUGAAGGUUGUGAGCAUGAAGAAAUUCUUGGCUCUACAGACCUUCUUAAUACGACAGAACAUUUCUCUGAAUCUCAGGAGAUGGCUGACUGGAAAUUGACUAAACUCAAUGAGGUGAAUGACAGCCACGUAAGUGAAGAAAAGGAGAAGUUUCUGCAGAUGAAUCAGCCUGAGGACACUUACAAUGAUAGUGGAGGAGAGUGUGAUAGAAUGGCAGAAGCAGGUCUAAAUUUAAAAGGAACUUUAGUGAAUGAAAGUGAAGGAUGUGAUUUCUCCACUGUUAUGGAUGCACCAGCAGCAAAUACUUCAUCUAAUUGUUGUGAUUCCUAUGGAAUGCAGAGCCCAGUUGUUUGUUUUGUUCCAAAGACUUUACCCUCCAAAGAAGAUUCAGUAACAGAAGAAAAGGAAAUAGAAGAGAGCAAGUCAGAAUGCUACUCAAAUAUCUAUGAACAGAGAGGAAAUGACAUCACAGAAGGGAGUGGACUACUUUUAAACAGCACUGGUGACCUAAUGAAGAAGAAUUAUUUACACAAUUUCUCUAGCCAAAUUCCAUCAGUGCUUGGGCAGUCUUCACCCAAGAUAGCAAACCUGCAAUCUGUCAGUGUUCCUUUUGGUGGUGCAAGACCCAAGCAACCUUCUAAUCUUAAACUUCAAAUUCCAAAGCCAUUAUCAGACCAUUUACAAAAUGACCUUCCUGCAAACAAUGGAAAUAAUAUUAAAAACAAAAAUGAUGUUCUUGGUAAAGCAAAAAUAGGGGGAAAUUCAGCAACCAAUGCAUGUAAUGCCGCUUUGGGAAACAUUUCUAUUGCUGAUACAAAUGGGGAACAUUCAGAAAGUUAUGAGUCUGGGAUAUCUAGUAGACCUGGUCUUGUAUUACCUCCAGAUAGCCCAGAUAAUGAUCUCAGAGCUGGUCAGUUUGGAAUUUCUGCCAGAAAGCCAUUUACCACCCUUGGUGAGGUGGCUCCAGUAUGGGUACCAGAUUCUCAGGCUCCCAAUUGCAUGAAAUGUGAAGCCAGGUUUACUUUCACCAAAAGAAGGCAUCAUUGCAGAGCAUGUGGGAAGGUUUUCUGUGCUUCCUGCUGUAGCCUGAAAUGUAAAUUGUUGUACAUGGAUAGAAAGGAAGCUAGAGUAUGUGUAAUCUGCCACUCAGUGCUAAUGAAUGCUCAAGCCUGGGAGAACAUGAUGAGUGCCUCAAGCCAGAGCCCUAACCCUAACAAUCCUGCUGAAUACUGUUCUACUAUCCCUCCCUUGCAGCAAGCUCAGGCCUCAGGAGCCCUGAGCUCUCCACCUCCCACUGUGAUGGUACCUGUGGGAGUUUUAAAGCACCCUGGAGCAGAAGUGGCUCAGCCCAGAGAGCAGAGGCGAGUUUGGUUUGCUGAUGGGAUCUUGCCUAAUGGAGAAGUUGCUGACGCAGCCAAAUUAACAAUGAAUGGAACUUCCUCUGCAGGGACCCUGGCUGUGUCACAUGACCCAGUCAAGCCAGUGACUACCAGUCCUUUGCCAGCAGAGACAGAUAUUUCUCUGUUCUCCGGGAAUAUAACUCAGGUUGGAAGUCCUGUUGGGAGUGCAAUGAACCUUAUUCCUGAAGAUGGUCUUCCUCCCAUUCUCAUCUCUACUGGCGUAAAAGGAGACUAUGCUGUGGAAGAGAAACCAUCACAGAUUUCAGUGAUGCAACAGUUGGAGGAUGGUGGCCCUGACCCACUUGUAUUUGUUUUAAAUGCGAAUUUGUUGUCGAUGGUUAAAAUUGUAAAUUAUGUGAACAGGAAGUGCUGGUGUUUCACAACCAAGGGAAUGCAUGCAGUGGGUCAGUCCGAGAUCGUCAUUCUUCUACAGUGUCUGCCUGAUGAAAAGUGUCUGCCGAAGGAUAUCUUUAAUCAUUUUGUACAGCUUUAUCGCGAUGCUCUGGCAGGGAAUGUUGUGGGCAACUUAGGACAUUCCUUCUUCAGUCAGAGUUUCCUUGGCAGUAAAGAACAUGGUGGAUUCUUAUAUGUGACAUCUACUUACCAGUCACUGCAAGACCUUGUACUCCCAACCCCACCUUAUUUAUUUGGGAUUCUCAUCCAGAAAUGGGAAACUCCUUGGGCUAAAGUGUUUCCUAUUCGACUGAUGUUGAGACUUGGAGCUGAAUAUCGACUUUAUCCAUGCCCACUGUUCAGCGUCAGAUUUCGGAAGCCAUUGUUUGGAGAGACGGGACAUACCAUUAUGAAUCUUCUUUCAGACUUCAGGAAUUACCAAUAUACAUUGCCAAUAGUUCAAGGUUUGGUGGUUGAUAUGGAAGUUCGGAAAACCAGCAUCAAAAUUCCCAGCAACAGAUACAAUGAGGUGAUGAAAGCCAUGAACAAGUCUAACGAGCAUGUCCUGGCAGGAGGUGCCUGCUUCAAUGAGAAGGCAGACUCUCAUCUUGUGUGUGUACAGAACGAUGAUGGAAACUAUCAGACCCAGGCCAUCAGUAUUCACAACCAGCCCAGGAAGGUGACUGGUGCCAGUUUCUUCGUGUUCAGUGGCGCUCUGAAAUCCUCUUCAGGCUAUCUUGCCAAGUCCAGUAUUGUGGAAGAUGGCGUCAUGGUCCAGAUCACUGCGGAGAACAUGGAUGCCUUGAGGCAGGCGCUGCGAGAGAUGAAGGACUUCACCAUCACCUGCGGCAAGGCAGACGCCGAGGACCCCCAGGAGCACAUCCACAUCCAGUGGGUGGACGACGACAAGAACGUCAACAAGGGUGUCAUAAGUCCCAUAGAUGGGAAGUUAAUGGAGUCUAUAACAAGUGUGAAGAUAUUCCACGGGUCAGAGUAUAAAGCAAAUGGAAAAGUCAUCAGAUGGACUGAGGUGUUUUUCCUAGAAAAUGACGACCAGCACAGUUGCCUGAGUGAUCCAGCAGAUCAUAGCCGGCUGACCGAGCACAUCGCCAAGGCUUUCUGCCUUGCUCUCUGUCCCCACCUGAAGCUCCUGAAGGAAGAUGGAAUGACUAAACUGGGACUUCGUGUGACACUGGACUCAGAUCAGGUUGGCUACCAAGCAGGGAGCAAUGGCCAGCCGCUCCCCUCGCAGUACAUGAACGACCUGGACAGCGCUCUGGUGCCAGUGAUCCAUGGAGGGGCCUGCCAGCUCAGCGAGGGCCCCGUCGUCAUGGAGCUCAUCUUUUACAUUCUGGAGAACAUCGCCUAGACAGAGGACUUCGUGGUUUUUCUGUUCAGACCUGCUGCAACAGAAGUCAUACUCAAGUCAUUUGCACUUUAGAACUGGAGGAUUAAGCUUUUGUUAACACUAUUAAUUGGGGGGAGGGGAGUGGGGUUUUGGAGACGAGGGUGGUUGGGGGGACAGAUAUUCCGUAAUUCUAAGUCUUCUAUGCAUUGUCCACAAGAUCCGGGCAACUUCCAUUACUGCACCACCGUUAUACUAUCCUUGCAGCUAAAUCCCCUUCUGUUACUGUUUAAACAAGAAUUCUGCUCCUGUUUUAAGACUCAUUUAUGGUCUUAUGCUCAGAAAUGAUCAAAUGGAUACAACCAUCACCAAGGGUGGGGUGGGAGGGCAGAGAGGAAAUAAAAAAUGAAGCAUCAGUCUUGUACUCUUUGUACAGAAUUGAUACAAAAAGGAUCACACACUGAUCUUGUUCUAUUUGUCUCCCAGUAACUUCAAGUACAAGUCACCCUUACAUUUUUGUUUGUUUUUACCAGAUUACCCAACGGAUUAUCCCUCUCCCAGCCGAGGAAGGGCAGUCAGUUGUAAGUGAGGUGACCGGAUAGCAGAGCCGAGUUGAGGAUUGCUCAAGCUCUGCCCCAGUGAAUGGCAGGUAUUGAAUUGGGCCUUUCGGUGAAAGCUGACAAUAUACCCAAGGCAUUUUUAGUUACAAUAUACACUAGAUGUAUUUUUUAAAACGUUACUGAGAAAUAAUUUAAACUCCCAAGAAAAUUGCAAAUAAAAAAAAGUCCUAUGUAUACUUUAUCUAGAUUCGCCUGUUGUUACAAUUAACACUUUUGCCCAUUUGCGUUAUUAGUGUCUCUCCACAAAAAAAUAGAGACAUUUGAGAGUAAGUUGCAUAGCUAAUAGCUUCUUACCCCUAAAUACUUUAAUGCUUAUUUCCUAAAAUUAAAGACAUUUUCUUCCAUUACAGCAGGACAGUUCGCAACUUUAGUCAAUUUGCCGUUGAUAUACCAGCUGCCUUACUCUAGCAUCUAUCUCUAGUGUCCCUCGCAGCAUUUCCCCCUCCGGUGAAGCUGCUCGCCUGGGAUCAGACAAGGCAAAUAGCUUUACUGACCCACCUGUAUCUUUUUAUGUCCUCCAUACUUUUGAUGAGUAUAGUUCCCUUACCUAAUUUUUUAAAUUUGAUUGGUAUCUUUCCAUAAUUAGAAUCAGUUUAUGCAUUCUUGGCCAGAAUCCUAAGUGAUGUGUGCACCUGUUCAGUGUUGUCCAAUUUCUCCAGUUCCCUGCCCCCCCUGGAAUGAAUAACCAAUGUGUACAGACACUUUCAGAUCAUGCAAAUACCUUACUCAUCAAAAUUUCCCUUAAGAUUUAGCACCCAUGGAUGUUUCUUAUCUGAACUGAUCUUUUACUGUGAUGGCUACAGAUUUUUCAAUUCCAGAACUCCCUCCACCUUUACAAGUUGUACUUGGUCAAUGUAAACAAAAGCUCUUCCUUCUUUCCUAUUUACGUAUUCGCUUAAUUAAUUUUCAUGGUGGACUUGUGGGUUACAUUUUGGAAGGUUCUAACCCAUUAUUUGGGUCCUCAGUGCAGCUUUGGCCAUAGAGCACUUCUGGGUAGCUCGUCCAUCCUUGUGAAAUACUCCAUCAUCUUUUUGAACACUUUGCUUUCUGUCCUAACAAGAUUCUCCAUGCUCAUCUCGUGCUCACGCUGCCCCAGCCUGGGAAUCAGCCAUAGUUUCUUUUAGUGAUAUUAGAAACCAAGGUUUGGUUUAUCCAUGAUAUAUGUGAUGAAGUCAAAGUACUUUCUUUUUCACUAAAAAUUUAUUCUGGUCACAGACCUAAUGGAUUUCACAACCCAAAGUUUGAAAAGCACAGCUCUAAGGUGACUCACUCUUAUCACUGUUAUCUUCUGAAAGCCCAGGCCAAGCAGCAGAUGGUCCCUCUCUGUAAGCACAGCUCUGAGAAUCCUCUGGCAGCUAGUGCAGGCCUCCGGGACAGUGAGAGGCCGCUUCCCAGUGGUUAGAGCUGGCUUAGCACUUGGCAGUUAAAGGCCGUGGAGCUGUUUAGCAGCCGUUUUCCAAACAGGCCCACAAGCCUGGCCUUCAGUUUGAAGUAUGUCUGCCUAUGUUUAUCCCUUCUCCGUGGUGGUGGUGGAUCCACAUUCUGUGCUGAUGGUUGCUGCAGGGAGCUGUGAUUGUAACCUUUUUGCACAGGCUGAGGCACCCAGAGCUUCUAAGGGAAGAGUAGACGCCCAAAGCACUCCAGCAUGUACUGAGCCUUGGGAUCACACAUCCCUCCAAAACCUGAUAGGAAUGCUUAAUAGGGCAGGGAUUUGGGGUGUAACCUCCAGCUUGGUCUAAAUAUGCCUUGGAAAUUUGGAGCUUCUACAAAUGCUGGUCCCAUUUUUUUCCUACAGAAAUUUUUCUUUCCUCCUGUCCAGUUAAAUAUACCUUGCAAUGAACGUAUUACUUCUGGAUCAGUGCAAACUUUAAAAUUCUCCCACUGAGGAUAGACUCUUGGCCCUGCAGAGUCAGGUCCAUUCUCAAUUUGCAUAAAACAUCUUGUGGAACGGGGCAUAAUAGAGCCAGGGCUAGUUUACCACCCUCCACUUGCUUUGUCUUUGUAUUGUACAUUGUAUAUUGUAAUAGUUAUACAGAGAGCUGAAACAUCACAUUUAUAAAUAUGUCAAAUUUUUCUAGAACACAAACUUAAAGAUUGGCAUAUAGAGAUCCUUAUAAACUGAAGAGCGAUAGGCUUGCCAUUAUGGUAACAUUAAAUUUUUAAAAAUUAUUGCAUUCUUACCAAAUGCUGACAAGGUGUUUCUCCAUUUAUUUUUAUCAACACUUUCUGAGCAUCUACUGGGCUCUAGAAAGAGGACGUUACCUUGUGUAUGUUCCGUUCUAGUAUCUUCCCUCAUCCAGUGGUUCCUGAAUGCUGGUGGGCUCGCCAUUUCCAACUAAACUUACUUCUGUCAUAAUUAGUCACCAGAGAAAGUUUAUGCAUUUAAUGUAUUUCAGACAAUAAUCAAGCAAUCUGCUGAACACUUUUUAUAUUGUUCCAUUUUAACAGCAAUGUUAAAAUAAUUUAAACAGUAAUGGGACUUUUAGGAAUCGUACCUACAGCCUGAAGGCUAAGGGGUGAAGCAGGAAUGAUAAUGCCACUUGGGAGUUUGGGAAGCUGAGGCCCACGGGCUGGACCAGGAACAAGCUCCCUGGCUCCACCAGCCUCAGUCCCAGUUUCAUCUUAAAUGGAGCUGCCUAUGCAAGGGGCAAGAUCUUUGAGAACUACCCACAAAAUUCAGAAAACAAGCUUUCAACAACGGUGGUAUAAGAAAGGAAAAUAAUGUUAAAAGCCACAAAAUAGUUUGCCCUUUGUGAGCAAGACUUUCUAUGAAAAAUUGCUUCUGUAUUAUGUUUAGUUCACUAAUUCAGAAGAAAGUAUGCCUUGCACUAAAGAGAAUUUACAAUUUAAAAAUAAUUUGGGUCAUGGCAGCUUCUCUGUCCCUGAAUCACUAAUCUGUUUGGUUUCUGCAGUUGGACAAACCUCAGGAUAAGAUGAGGCUGGGCAGGCUCCUCCCACUCCAGUGACCCUGCAGGCCCUGGCUGCCACAAAGGCCCUUCAGAGAGAGCCGCAGUCUCCAGUCCAGUGGGCGCUUUGUCUCGCCUCCCUCAGCCUGGAGGUUUUGCUUUUCAAAAAGCAAGGAGCAGUGAAGGAGACUAGAACUGGCCAGGUUGCAACAGGAAAUCUGUGAGGCGCAGAACACUCCUACCAAUUGGAACAGGCGUUUCCAGCAGAGGCCUGAGGUUAGGGAUUCCGAUGGUUGGAGCCUCUGGGGGUAACCAUAGCUGUCCUUGCCCUCUUAGUAAGCACUGGUUGUGGUACAAACCCUUCUUUGCCCUAGGCCACCUUAGGAAGGCUAACAACCCUUCUUUCAUUCUAGAUUUCUGCUGCUUUGACACACAGAUGUAACUACAGUUAAGUGUUAAAUCUCACAUCUGUAGAAAGUUGGGUAGUUUUAAUGGCUAAAUAAGUCUGGUCAGAAAGCUCUUAGAAAAAAAGUCUUUUGUCCUUCCUGCUGUUACCCUCUAAAAUAUUUGCUACAAGGGCAGGGAAGCACGGUCCAGCCCUGUGUAGGAAAAAGACACACACACAAACUUAAUCCCUGAGCUGUGCUUACAUAGUGCUGCAGUGACCAGUAAGCUGAAUGUAUCUGCUUCACUUAGAGCCUUUAAAAAUGACCUCAAGGAAUGCUUGGUCUAACUUAAGCUAAUGCUUAAAAAUGGGUGUGGGGGAGAGGGAAUGGGAUGUUAAGGUUUAUUUCUAAGAAAUGUAGAAUACUGCCGUUUUGAAUAUUAAAUUUAUUGCAACUA